UGUGCCACGGCAAAGUGGCACUUCCGGGUGUGCAGUUGAGUUGAAUGUUUUCUGUCGCUUAAAUCGGAAUAAAGUGUGGGCAGAAGUCGAGGAUGAGUGGCGAACACUACUUGGAACUCUGCGACAACCCCGUGCAGUUUGAAAAUGCGUCGAGCGUCAACAACGUCUUUUUUGACGAAGCAAACAAGCAGGUAUUCGCGGUGCGUUCAGGGGGCGCCACGGGGGUGGUGGUCAAAGGCCCGGACGACAAGAGUUCCGUUGCCUUCAGGAUGGACGACAAGGGAGAAGUGAAGUGCAUUAAGUUCUCCAUUGGAAACAAAAUUUUGGCUGUGCAAAGAACGUCCAAGUCUGUGGACUUCAUCAACUUCAUUCCCGACUACCCUCAUACAGAGUUCACACACGAGUGCAAGAUGAAGAACGCAAACCUUCUCGGCUUCUGCUGGACCAACUGGAACGAGAUUGUCUUCAUCAGCGACCAGGGCAUUGAGUUCUAUCAGGUGCUUCCGGACAAGCGUACGGUCAAACUCAUCAAAAGCCAAAGCAUCAACGUCAAUUGGUACCAGUACUGUCCCGAAACGGCCGUCAUCCUGCUGUCCACCACAGUGCAGGGCAACGUACUGCAGCCAUUCGCCUUUCGGACUGGGAGCAUGUCCAAGAUGUCCAAAUUUGAGAUUGAGCUGCCCGUUGUCCCCAAGCCUGCCAAACUCAGCCUCUCUGAAAGGGAUAUUGCCAUGGCGACCAUUUACAGUCAGCUGUACGUGAUGUACCUGAAACAUCACUCCAGGACGGCCAAUAGUCCCAGUGCAGAGGUGGUGCUCUACCAUUUAGCAAGGGAGGGCGUGUGCAAAAAGACACACGUGUUGAAGUUGAACACAACGGGAAAGUUUGCUCUCAACAUCGUCGACAACCUAGUGGUGGUCCAUCACCAAAGUUCUCAGACCUCGCUAAUCUUCGACAUCAAAUUGAAGGAGUCGGACGGCGCUGUCAGCACGCAUCAGCCUGUUUUACCUGCACGCUCCAUACAUCCCUGCAGCAUUCCACUGGCAGGUCCGGCGGUGGCGCCCUCACAACCUCCUGUCCUGUGCCAGCUGUAUUCGUCCUCCUGGAGCGUUUUCCAGCCUGACAUCAUCAUCAGCGCCAGCGAAGGUUACUUGUGGUACCUUCACGUGAUGCUGUCGCCUACCGUCAACCUGCUGAGUGACAAGGGCAAACUGAUGGACUUCCUGUUGCGCCGCAGGGACUGCAAGAUGGUCAUCCUGUCCGUCUGCUCUCAGCUUCUGGACGGUGAGCAGAAGGGGAGUCUUCCCGUGGUGGCGACCGUCUUUGACAAGCUCAAUCGGGUGUACAAGGACUUCCUGGAGGCGGAGCAGAGCUACACUGUGGCGAUGGAGUCGGGUCCGGCGAGAGGCAGCGCCGCUCAGAAGCGCCCGAUUAGAACUCAGGCAGUCAUCGACCAGUCAGACAUGUACACGCACGUCUUGUCUGCCUUUACGGAGAGGAAGGCCGCCGCCCACAAGUUCACCAUCGCCGUGCUAAUGGAGUACAUCCGCUCGCUAAACCACUUCCAGAUCACCGUGCAGCAUUAUUUGUAUGAGCUGGUCAUCAAGACGCUGGUCCAGCACAACCUCUUCUACAUGUUGCAUCAGUUCCUGCAGUAUCACGUCCUCACCGACUCCAAACCUCUGGCCUGCUUGCUCCUGUCUCUGGAGAGCACGUACCCCCCCGCCCACCAGCUGUCACUGGACAUGUUGAAGCGCCUGUCGACGGCCAACGACGAGAUCGUGGAGGUUCUGCUGUCCAAGCAGCAGGUUCUGGCCGCGCUCAGAUUCAUCCGCAGCGUCGGCGCUCACGACAAUAUGUCCGCCCGCAAGUUUCUGGAUGCCGCUCGUCAGACCGGGGACGACAUGUUGUUCUACACCGUCUUCAGGUCCUUCCAGCAGAGGAAUCAGCGGCUUAGGGGAAGCCCCGCCUUUAACACAGGAGAGCACUGCGAGGAACAUGUGCUUCACUUCACUCAGCUGUUUGGCGAACAGGCGCAAAUGAAGGCCUCCACCAUCUGACUUCUUAUACCAGGGGAGUCUUUUUUUUCAUGGAAGCCCGCUUCUGCUACUCAAAAAUAAAAUGAUACCCCAAAGCUAAGUCAUAAUUAUGAGAUGAAGUCGAAAUUAUGAGACAAGAAAGGCGAAAUUAUGAGAUGAAAAGUCAUAAUUAUGAGAUAAAAAUGAUAAUACAUAGGACUUUUUAGCUCAUAAUGACGACUUUCUUAUAAAUAAGAGUCAUGUUUAUGAGAUAAGAAAGUCAAAAUUAUGAGAUAAAAAGUUGUAAUUAUGAGAAAAAAAUGAUAAUUCUUAUGACUUUUUAUAGAUAAGAGAACAAAGUCACAAGUUUGAGAUAAAUCAAAAUUAUGAAAUAAGAAAGUAGAAAUUAUGAGAAAAGGUGAAAUUAUGAGAUGAAAAUUAUAAUACUUAUCACUUUUCAUCUCAUAAUUAUGAUUUAUCUUAUAAUUAUGACUUUUUUAUUUCAUAAUUUCAACUAUCUCAUAAUUUCAAAUUUAUCUCAUAAUUUCGACUUUUUAUUUAAUACAACUUUUUAUUUCAUGAGACUUUUUUAUAAAUUAGAGAUAAAAAGUCGAAAUCAUGAAAUAAUUAUGAGAUGAAGUCAUAAUUAUGAGACAAAGUUGAGAUUAUGAGAGUCAUAAUUAUGAGAUACAAAUUAGAAUACUUAUAACUUUUUAUCUCAUAAUUAUGACUUUUUUUGUAAUGUUUAUCUCAUAAAUACGACUUUUUAUAAAUAAGAAAUAAAAAGUUGUAAUUAUGAGAUAAACAUUAGAACACUUAUGACUUUUUAUCUCAUAAUUUUGACUAUUAUAAUUUUUAUCUCAUUAUGACUUUUAAUCUCUUACUAUUUAUAAAAAGUCAUAAUUAUGAGAUAAAAAUUAUAAUACCUGUGACUUUUUGUCUCAUAGUUUCGACUUUUAAUAAGAGUCAUAAGUAUUAGAUAAAAAGUCAAAUUUAUGAUAUAAGAAAGUCAAAAUUAUGAGAUUAAAAAAUGCUAAUUAUGAGAUAAAAAUUAUAGUACUUAUGACUUUUUAUAAAUAAUAGAUACAAAGUCAUAAUUAUGAGAUAACAAGUUGAAAGUAUGACCUAAGAAAGUCGAAAUAAUGAGAUAGAAAGUCCUAAUUGAGAUUAAUUGAAAUGAUGAAAUAAGAAAGUCUAAAUUAUUAGAUAAAGACCCAUAAGUAUAAUUUUUCAUCUUAUGAAUAAGAUUUUUUUUAUCUUAUAAUUGGGACUUUUUCCUUAUGAGUUUGACUUUUUCUAAAUAAGAGAUAAAAAGUCUUAAUUAUUAAAUAAAAAGUCGAAAUUAUGAGGAAAAGUCAAAAUCAUGAUAUAGAAAGUCCUAAUUGAGAUAAAUCAAAAUUAUGAAAUAAAGUCGAAAUUAUUAGAUAAAAAAUCGAAAUUAUGAGAUAAAAACCCAUAAGUAUAACUUUUCAUUUUAUGAGAUUUUUUUAAUUUUAUAAUUGGGACUUUUUCCUCAUAAUUUUGACUUUUUCUAAUUAAGAGAUAAAAAGUCAUAAUAAUUAAAUAAAAAGCUGAAAUUAUGCAAUAAAAAAUGUCAAAAUUAUGAAACAAAAACACAUGAUUAUCUUAGGGACGGUGUGGCGAAGUUGGUAGAGUGGCCGUGCCAGCAAUCGGAGGGUUGCUGGUUACUGGGGUUCAAUCCCCACCUUCUACCAUCCUAGUCACGUCUGUUGUGUCCUUGGGCAAGACACUUCACCCUUGCUCCUGAUGGCUGCUGGUUAGCGGCUUGCAUGGCAGCUCCCGCCAUCAGUGUGUGAAUGUGUGUGUGAAUGGGUGAAUGUGGAAAUACUGUCAAAGCGCUUUGAGUACCUUGAAGGUAGAAAAGCGCUAUACAAGUAUAACCCAUUUAUCAUUUAUAAUUUUUUUAAUCUUAUAACUAGGACUUUUCCCCUCAUAAUUUCGACUUUUUAUGAAUAAGAGUUUUAAAAAAAAGUCAUAAGUACAAGAUAAAAAGUCCUAAUUAUGAGAAAGUAGAAAAUGAUUAAAUAAAUUUGAAAUGAGGUCAUUGUCGAAAUUAUGAAAUAAAGUCAAAAUUAUGUGAUAAAAAGUACAAAUUACAAGUUAAAAAGUCAUAAUUAUGAAAUAAGUCGAAAUGAUAUAAAAAAAAGUUGAAAUUAUAAAAUUAAAAACUCGUAGUUAUGAUAAAAAGUCAAAAUGAUAAGUUAAAAGGUCAUAAUUAUGAGUUAAAAGUCAAAAUUAUGAAAUAAAAAGCCCUAAUUAUACGUUAAGUCAUAUUUAUGAGAUAAAAAGUCGUAUUUAUCGACUUGUCCAGGGUGUACCCUACCUUCCGCCCGAGUGCAGCUGGGAUAGGCUCCAGCCCCCCUGCGACCCCGAUAGGGACAAGCUGUAGAAAAUGGAUGAAAAGUCCUAAUUAUGGGAUGAAAAAUGUAAUUAUGUCUUUUCAUACCAUAAUUUUGACUGAUCUCAUAAAUAGGACUUUUUUUUAAUCUCACAAUUAUGACUUACCAGUGGGGUAUUUUUAUUUUUUUUAGUGGCUGAAGCGGGCUGCCAUACUUUUUAGCGAGGGCCAUAUACAGAAAAUGUAAAUUAUUUUUUUUAAGGAAGACAUUUUGGACAAUUGUACACUUCGAGUCUGACCAGAUGCACUCCAAAACCUUCGCUUCCUGUAACUGCCCAAACUAUUUUGUCCAGACAUGGUGCACGGUUAUUGAGGCUCCAUCACGUGUCAAUAACGUUUAGAAAACUAUGUCACACAAGCAGGAAGUGGAAUCGACUUCUUGUUACGCGGACGCCGGGAGACAGGAAGGACGGCGAAUUUGACUCAUCAUCUUUAUUUUCUUUGCAUCUUAUUUGUCUGAAAUAACACAACAUAUUUGUGUCUU